AUGUCAAAUAAUAUGCUGAAACUGUCGGAAAGCAGCGAUGUCCAUAGUUUUCCGGUGCAACUCAAGAUAUAUAUGUCUAUAUCUAUGUCUCUAUCUAAUAUGGCCGUGCGUGAAAAUUCUUCGGGCGAUGCUCCCGAAAUUGGAUUGUCGUUCGUUACGUCCGCGGAGUUGUCCCCUUUCGACGGAUUCGCUAUCACGUGCCGAAUCGCGUCUGUUUUGGCAUUGAUGCCACCAGCUACCACUGCAGAAGAUGACUGCUGGAUCGAGACGCCGUUAUCCGUCUCGUCGCCGUUGCCGCAGGUAGAAGCCGGGGUAACGGAUACGGUAACCAGCAGUGGUCCAAGUGACGCGGGGACGGACCUGGCGGUAACCUCGGUCAAGCCUAGACGUCCACGCCGUUCACAUUGGAACCGGACGAAGCGGUUCGUCGGGCUUAUGUUCUGUUGUGGUGCGAUCGACCUCGCAGACGAAUAUAGUUUAUGA